AUGCUCCCAAGAUUGAGCGAUCUGUUUUCGCUCGUAGAACUACCUAGAAUUGCUGAUGUUCCCGUGGAUCAACGUGUUGUGCUUCCACACAGCCAGAAGAGCCUCACUUACCAGGAGACUGACUUCAUCCACCUAGGCAUGUCUAAGCUGUUGAUCUCCAGUUAUGUAUUGAAACCCACACCCAAGCUUGUUUGGUCUUUUCCUUUAUCGUCCAGCACUAUUGUGGAUGGCAUGGAUGUGAAAGAUAACCUUUAUGCUGUCGGUUUAAGUGAACGCAGAAAGCAUUUGGUAAAGCUCGUGAAGAGAUAUGGAAACGAUGAGUCCAGUACCGCUGAUUACCCUGUUCCACAAGCAGCAGUGGGCGUCAUGUUCGGAACAGGCUCUUCUAUCUAUGUUUUUUCGCAAAGCGGCGCUUUGGAGCAUCUUGAAUAUCAAGAGUCAAAAGUUGAAGGUGAGGAAUCUAAGCAGAUUUCCUUAACCAAAGCAUCCUUGUUGAGCAGCUUGCCAGCCCUUCCAAGAUCAUCUGAACAUAAAGUCAUCUAUCAUACAUUUAUAACGGAACAUGCCUUCCAACACAAGAGUUCUCUCUUGUUCUACAUCACUCGUCUGGACAAACUGGACUCCUAUACAUGCAGAUUGGUUGGACUAGAUGAAGCCAAAACUUUCGAAAUUUACAGCAUUACUUAUGAAAGACCUGGCCUUGAUACUUGCCUUUUUACCUAUGCAGACGGUGUGUUGUAUACCUUUGAUAAGACCACCAAGCUGGUAUCAUCUGCAUCUCUCAUGAAGCCACAAAAUCCUAUCAAGACCGUCUCUUUGGCACCACUCUUCACCAAGGGUAAGAAUGAUUAUGGUUUUUAUGCUCCUGCUUCUGACAGACUUUUAAUAUCAUCACUGUCAAAGCUCUUCUUGGUUAACUUCAAGUUUGAGUCUUUGCUCGAUCAGUUUGAGCACGAUCCACAGGUCAAGUUGCAUUUCAACUUUGCAUUACCUACCAAGGGUAACUCUACAUCUUCCAGUUCUACUUAUGCGUUAUAUUUGGGAUUCAACGAGAAGAGAAAAACAAGCAAGCUCAAUUAUAUUCAGGUUGAAGUUGGAAAGAACACAUUGAGAGAAUCUUUGGGCAAGUCCAUUUCCUCUUUAGAUAAGAGCAAGCAGGCUUUGAAAUCUUAUCCAGCUCUUCUGUCCACAAGUUUGCCAAAUGCUAGUAAGAGAGGAAAUAAGGAGUUGGAUGACUUUCUCGAGUCGUUGACAAAGAAGAAUGAUAACACAGAUGCUUUCAACGAAGCGAUCAUCAAGUUUUUCAAGGGCGAAGAAUAUAAGGACAGGAAAACGUAUUCUCAUUCGAUCAACGACAAAAUCAUAGACGCUCUUUACUUGGAGAGAAUUCUUGCACUUAUAUUCAAGGUCGACGAAAAAGAAAGCACUGUUCAGAUUCAAAACGAAUCGUUUAUUCCAGAGGCUGCCGUGGCUUAUCUCUUGAGUCAUCCACUCUACCCAACAGAGUAUGCAAACGGUCUCCUUUUACUCUUCAGUCAACUCAACGAGCCAGAAUUACUUAAGACUGCCAUUGAAAAAUGUCCAGCACUCUCAAUUGAUGACCUCACAAAUGAGCUUAACAAUUUGACCGAGUUGGCUGAUGAGCUUGACAAAGACUCGAGCAAUGAAAGCCUGGCCCAAUUGAUCCUUAUGUUUUUGGGUGCCACGAUUGAUAGACUCGUCAAUAACUUUUCCCUUCCACAGAUCACCAAGAAAUUGCAAGAAAUUUUGACUGCAGAGUACGAUGGCUACAGCAAAAAAUUGGAGCGCAUGCUUGGAGUCUUCAUCAACAUAAAUACCACUCAGUCCUGGGAUUUAGUUCAAGCCGUUAUCGACGCUGGUGGACUUUUUAACUGGUCUAUUCCAGUCAUAGAGAAGUUGGGUCUGGUUAUCGAUUCAAAGGUCGAGGCUCUUGGAGCCAACAGUUACAACUUGACGCUCACAAACCAGGCAUUGCAAGCAGACAAUAAUAAGAAGCAAAACAAGAAGAAGUCCACAAGCAAGGCUUCUGUUGUUGAUAACAUCCACGAGAUUGGUACUCAGAAGGAGGAGUUGGAUGCUCUUUUGACCAUGAGCAAUGGAACAACGAACCAGAAGUUGCGUGUGGAUGAGGGUAUCGAGUUGGCUAAGCGGAUCCCAGCUUACUCAAGAGAGAAGUUGGUGUUGUAA